UUCGAGAGACACGCAAAAAGAUCGGAACGCUCAUUCAAUCGCAGCCAUCUUCGACUACCCCUGUUUCUCGGAGACUGCCAUUGCCAAUACGCAGUAAAUAAAAGCCGCUAUCGAAAUUCCAAUGUCUUCAUUUUCAUUCCUCCGAUACAAAACUCGAUGGCGUUACCGGAAAAUUACCGCUCUUCCAACUCGAUGAUCCCCGGCUUCCUCUACUCUUCCUUCUCAGGGUCCACUCUGGGUCUCGGUGAUAUGGAUCGGCGGGCCCAGGUAUCAACUCAGCUGGCGACGGAGGAGAGGAAGAAUUUCGUGAUUCCGGCACCCAAGGAGCCCUCCGCGAAGAUAAAGAUGUUCUCGCCGGCAUUUUACGCCGCCUGCACCUUCGGCGGCAUACUCAGCUGUGGCCUCACGCACGCAGCCGUCACCCCUCUGGAUGUUGUCAAGUGCAACAUGCAGAUAAACCCUGGAAAGUACAGAAGCGUUACCUCUGGUUUUGGGGUGCUCCUUAAGGAACAGGGAGUAAAAGGGUUCUUUAGGGGUUGGGGACCAACCAUGUUGGGAUAUAGUGCCCAAGGAGCUUGCAAGUAUGGGUUCUAUGAAUUCUUCAAGAAGUACUAUUCAGACCUUGCUGGAAAGGAAAAUGCUGCUAAGUACAAAACCAUGAUCUACCUUGCUGGUUCUGCAUCUGCUGAGGUCAUAGCUGAUGUUGCCCUUUGCCCAUUUGAGGCUGUCAAAGUUCGAGUCCAAACCCAACCAGGUUUUGCCAGAGGUUUGUCAGAUGGACUUCCUAAAUUCGUCAAAGCCGAGGGUGUUGCCGGGCUUUACAAGGGGCUUGUUCCUCUAUGGGGACGACAAAUUCCAUAUACAAUGAUGAAGUUCUCAUCAUUUGAGAACAUAGUGGAGCUAUUGUACAAACAUGCUAUCCCAACUCCAAAAGAGCAAUGUAGUAGUAGCAUGCAACUCGGGGUGAGCUUCGCGGGAGGCUAUUUGGCUGGCAUUCUCUGUGCUGUUGUCUCUCAUCCCGCCGAUAACCUCGUCUCUUUUCUCAACAAUGCCAAGGGUGCAUCAGUUGGUGAUGCCAUUCAGAAGCUGGGAGUGAUGGGUCUCUGCACUCGUGGUCUCCCUCUGCGUAUACUCAUGAUUGGAACCCUUACAGGAGCUCAAUGGGGCAUUUAUGAUUCAUUCAAAGUUUAUGUUGGAUUGCCAACUAGUGGUGGUGCCUCACCUUCACCUGCUAAAUGAUGAUCACAAGUCCUUGAAUUUUACCCUUGUGUUGAAUCCUUGACACCCAACUUCUUGGUGCAUUGUACUUUGAAGUCCUUGUAGUUUCAUGCUUAUGGAGUAGAUCAGAGCAAGCCUAUGGACACUUGAAAUUCAUAUAGGUUAAUUUCUUAGGUGUUGCAUAUUCAUUGCAUAAUGCUGAUGUAAAUAAGUUUUUACGAGCCAUUGAAUGUGUGGCACAUAAGAACGUUAGAUAUUAGUGUCACUACACGUCCCUAUAGAACUUUUGUGUUAAGUUCUUUAAGGUCUUGUUAGGAAUGUAUAUGUUGGUAGCAUAAUUGAUUGUAGAAAAUAGUUGUUAUUUAUGGUCAUGUGAGAAUAAAUGUUUAAAGCUUUUUGUUGCUCAAGAAUAUCUUUCACAUAUAUACACACCAUAUAUUUAUCUAGCUAAUUCUGUUCA